AUGUCGAUAAAUGAUCCGCAAAUGGCAGUAAAUUCAAGGUCUGAGCAGAAAGGAGAAGCGCAAGAAGUGAAAGAAACCAGGAAUCCAAAAAAAAACGCUCUACAACAAACACAAGAAGCAUUGCUGAGAAAAAGGAGCUCAAUUGCUGCUAAUGUUGAACCGCUAGAAGCUAAGGAGAUUCCAGAGAAGAAGCUCGAAUCGGUCGUAAAAAGAGAGGGCACUGCUGUUGCUGGAAAGGAGGAGAGAAAGGACGAUGAAAAAGACCAAAUUAUAGCUCAACCAAAGCUAGAAAAUCAAAGAUUGGAGGAGCUCGCUCGGUAUCGGAAUUCAAAAGGCAAAAUUGACCUAUUUUUAGAGUUUAAACGGCGCAACCAAAAGGUUCCUGGGAUAGGAGAAACGGCGAGGGAGAAACUCAGAUCUAUUGGAUGCAAUAACACGUCUGAUCUGUUUGCAGUGUACUUCAUGUCCGAAAGUGAAGAAGAAUUCACGAAGUGGUUGAAGAAGAUUGCUGACAUUAAAUGCCAACAAUGCGAAACUGGCAUACGAUUGGUUCAUUGGGGGGAACUAUGA